AUGGAGAACACCGUGUCUGAACUUCAAGGUAAACCCAGAACUCGCCUUAUGGUCAAAAGGGCUGCUUUGGAAGAAAUAGGAAAUAAAGUUGCAACAAGAGGAACACACAUAGCUAAGAAAACAGAAUGCUCCAAAGCGUCCAUAAAGCCUACAAAAGGACCUACGAAAAUUACAAAUGUACUGCCUAAACCUCCAGCUGCUGUGAAUCGAGCACUCAAAGAAACUAGUGUUCCAAAGGUUCUGUCUCCUGUCCCUUUGGAUGUAUCUAUGCAAGAGGAGGAUUUGUGCCAAGCCUUCUCUGAUGUGUUGCUCAACAAUGUAAAAGACAUUGAUGCCGAGGACUGUGGGAAUCCCCAGCUGUGUAGUGACUACGUAAAAGAUAUCUAUCUAUAUCUGAGAGAGCUUGAGGUGCAGCAAUCGGUCCGCCCGCAUUAUCUGGAUGGGAAGACAAUCAAUGGGCGCAUGCGUGCACUUUUAGUUGACUGGCUUGUCCAGGUCCACUCAAGAUUCCAGCUUUUGCAAGAAACGCUGUAUAUGUGUGUUGCAAUUAUAGAUCGCUUUUUACAAAGUCAUCCAGUACCUCGUAACAGGCUUCAGCUGGUAGGUGUAACAGCACUGCUUAUAGCUUCAAAAUAUGAAGAAAUGUUCUCUCCUGAUGUGGCAGACAUCGUUUACAUUACUGACAAUGCCUAUACCAGCGAUGAAGUUAGAGAAAUGGAGAUUACAAUUCUUAAAGAGCUAAACUUUGAUUUGGGACGACCUCUUCCAAUUCACUUCUUAAGAAGAGCAUCAAAAGCUGCAGAGGCUGAUGCUAAGCAACAUACACUAGCAAAAUACCUAAUGGAGCUGACGCUGAUAGACUACGACAUGGUUCACCAUCAUCCUUCAGAGAUUGCAGCUGCUGCUUCAUGCUUGUCCCAAAAGAUUCUGGGACAUGACAAAUGGGGUAUAAAGCAUCAGUACUACACUGGGUAUACAGAAGACAGUCUUUUGAUGAUUAUGAAACAUAUGGCCAAGAAUGUGGUUAAAGUAAAUGAGAAGUUAACAAAAUACACUGCUAUAAAGAACAAGUAUGCAAGUAGUAAACUACUGACGAUCAGCACCAUCUCUCAGCUGAGCAGCGCGACCAUCAAGAGCCUGGCUUCCUCGCUGUUGUAA